GAAACAUUUCUAAAACAUCAGUUAUUUGUAAUAAACACUUCAGACAAGGUGACUUCCAAUAUGAAGGACCGAAAAGAAUUCUGAAAGAUACUGCUGUGCCGAGCAUUUUUCCAUGUCAUGGUGAGGAUAUCAAGAGAUCGUCCAAUGGGGUCGACUGCGAAGAGGAAAGUAUGGAAGCAAGCACCAGUGGACAACACUUAACGAAUGAUUCUGAAGAAAAUGACAUCUUGACUGACCGCAGAUGCUCCAAGAGACGUAUGGAGUCUGAUGGCCCUACUAUUCUGAAGGACUUGAGCCAUGUGAAGAAUAUGGAAGUGAAGAGAAAUAUUGAGCUGCCAAAAUACGUAACGAUUCCAACAGAAAGCGAGGAAGCUAUGCGACGACAAAUAUUGAUUCUCCAAAGAGAGAAUAGGCAACUCAAACUGAAGCUCCAUAACGUAACACAGCUCGUGAAAAAGUUGAAGAAACAAGGAACUUAUGCAUUUGUGAACUCGUCAAGAGGCAAUGGACUUGGAGAUCGUGCUACAUUGAAUAGUCCCAUAUUCAACCCUACUCCGCCAUACAGCAGUGAUCCGAAGAGUCCAUAUUAUCAAUCCUGUCAGAUGCGAUUUUUCUUCCAUCAGUAUGGCGCCUUUAGUGGUUCACUGGGAUUAUAUCUCAUUCAAAUGAAACCACAUCAGAAUCAAUCCCAGAGACUAUGGUGGAGUUACGGAGAUCGCAGUGACAUUUGGUAUAAUCAUGUCGUCGCACUACCGAAUAUAAGAUACAAAUAUUUUCUGCAAUUCGAAGCGAGCAAGAGCUUCGCAGCGAAGGCGGAUGUAGCCAUAGAUGAUUUUUCAUUGAGUCCCGAGUGCUUUGGUAUUGGCGUACCACGGGACGUAGUGGGCGACUUCAAUUACUAUAAUCCAGUUAUAGAGUCCGAGCAUCAAAUUAAACAACAUUUCGACUUUAUGAAUGAAACAGUGAUCAGAGUAACGAAUUGUGGCGCAGUUGGAAGAUACGGGCCAACGUUGAAUCAAUGCGCGACGGAAUACAAUGGAUCAGAAUUAGAAUCUCAAAUAUUCCAUACAGCCUCCUCGACAAAUUCGAGUCUUCAGGACAUUUCAAAUUUCCAUACAAUAGGUCUCCAGAAGUGGACAGUACCACGUGGUGGUUACUACACCCUAAUUGCUGCGGGUGCCCGUGGUGGCCGUGGCUCAGGUGGAAUGGGAAGCACCCUAGGAGCUCUGGCCCGUGGCGUAAUGGAAUUAGAGAAAGGUCAAACCCUCUACUUUCUCGUGGGCCAGCCGGGGGCUGAUGCAUGUACCAAGAGUCUCGGAAAGCAGAAUCCCUGCACAUCUCCCACCGACGGCAAUGAACCCCCUUCCACAGGGAUGAGCUCGUUCAUUCGGGAAGUUAAAAAAAUAAAAUUGACCCACGGCGGUGGUGGUGGCGGUGGAGGAACAUUCAUCUUUACUAUCAAAUCCUCUGGUGAGCUGCAACCCAUUUUAAUAGCAGCGGGUGGUGGUGGUCUAGGAUUUGGAAAAUUCACAGACGAUGGUAUCCAGCAUGGCCACCCUCCUUCCACCGAAACGAUUCAAAUCUUUGGGUUCGCCCCGACCGAAAAAGCAGGUGGAGCUGGCGGGGGUUGGAAUAGCUCAUCAACGAAUGACAUAGGAUCUCUGGCAGUUGGUAAACCAUUGAUGAAGGGAGGACUGGGUGGCAAAGGCUGCCACGAACGUAAUAAUUCUCUUGGGUUCGGCGAUGGUGGUUUCGGGGGGGGUGGCGGCGGUUGUAGAACUGGUGGAGGAGGCGGUGGAUACCUGGGAGGGACCACUGGAAUUAAAAGCUCCGCAAAUGGAGAAGGGGGAUACAGCUAUGGAUCUUCUGAGCUGAUUCACGUGUAUUUCAAGGGCGGUUUCAACCCUGGACCCGGGGAGAUCUUCAUUAUUCCGGCAAUCAGUGGGUGUGGAUGUGAUUUUCGUUGCGUGGCUAUUAAUCGACACUUGAGUGACACCAGAUGCCUCUGCCCACCUGGAUGGCAACUGGGGAACGAUUCCAGGUCUUGUUUGGCUGACGAAGUAGACAGUGCACAUCAAACGUUCAUGAUUAUCUUAGUUGCUGCAUGUUUGUCCAUGUUCUUCGCCUUUUCUGGGCUAUGUCUGAUACUUUAUAAUCGGUACCAGAAUAGAAAGGCUUUGCAGGAACGUCGACAAAACAUGUUUGGGAAUGGUACAGAACUGGCUGCUUUGCAGACACUUACGACUGAGAACAUGAUGACCGAGUUCAAUCCGAAUUAUGAGUUCGCUGGAAAUUUGUAUAGUAUCAAGGAUUUACCACAGAUUCCGCGGGAGAGCAUCACGUGCGUCAAGCCCUUAGGUCAGGGAGCCUUCGGGGAAGUAUUCCAAGGGGUUUAUAAGUUCAGGAGAAAUGAGGAAGCGCCUAUUGCUGUGAAGACACUGCCGACGGUGACGACUUCACAGGCUGCUGCCGAUUUCAUGAUGGAGGCUCUCAUUAUGAGCAAGUUCGAUCAUCCGAAUAUUGUCAAGUUUAUUGGGAUUUCUUUUGAUAAAAACCCGAGAUACAUUGUAUUGGAACUGUUGGCUGGAGGUGAUUUGAAGAACUUUUUGAGGGAGGAGAGACCGAGGCCGGAUAGAGCGACUAACUUGACGAUGAGAGAUCUCGUGAUUUGUGCUCAUGAUGUGGCAAGCGGGUGCAACUAUAUGGAAGACGCCAGGUUUAUACAUCGAGAUAUUGCGGCGAGAAACUGUUUACUGACCUGUAAGGGUCCUGGGAGGGUCGUGAAGAUUGCGGAUUUUGGAAUGGCGAGAGAUAUCUAUCGGAGCGAUUAUUAUAGGAAAGGUGGGAAAGCCAUGUUACCAAUCAAGUGGAUGCCACCUGAAAGCUUUUUAGAUGGAAUAUUCAGUACAAAGACCGAUGUUUGGGCGUUCGGUGUGCUGCUGUGGGAGAUCAUGUCAUUCGGUUAUAUGCCAUACACUGGUUGUGCGAAUAGGGAAGUAAUGUCGAUGGUAACGACGGGGGGAAGGCUGGAGAAACCUGCAGGAUGUCCUGAUCAAGUUUACGGCAUCAUGGCGAGAUGCUGGCAUCCUAGGCCAGAGGAUAGACCAAGUUUCGCGACAAUUGUAGAGCGAUUGGGAUAUUGUCUCCAGGACCCAGACGUUAUUACUCAUCCCAUGCCUAAUUAUGAUAUCCUGCCGGACUGUGAUAGAGAGAUUACUAUCAUGAGACCAGAUCCGGAGGCGGAGUGCAUUAAUGUGAAUACUGAUCUGGACGGAUGUGGUUACAUGCAGCCGCGCUCCAACUUUCGACCCGCUGCUUAUCGGAUAGGAGUUGUUCCCGGCAUUGUCUACGCGUCCCUACGACAUUGUGACGACUUCGAGGGAGAAACUAUUCAGGAAACAACACUGGUGCAUCCGAAAGAACUGGAAGUACAAUCCGUAAAUACAAGGAGCAGAACUAUCUGCGAUAAAGAAUUUUCUGCUAACUUCAUCCAUUUAAAUAAUGAGGAAAGCAUGAAACAUAAAUACGAAAAGGAGAAGAAUCUGGGUAAUAUGGGAGAUAAUCCAUCAAAUAGCACACAAUGCAAUAAUAUCUCUCAUAUGCGCAACCUGACCAGUAUCGCCAGAAAAAAUCCUCAGAAUGUCAAUGGAGAGAGCACCACUACAACUGACAUAAACUCGGAUUCAAUAGCAGUCGCUUUGUCAACGACACCACCUGAUACCGUAGUGUCGUCCCCCAACACGAGAAACUCAUCUCCGAGUCACAGAGCGAAGAGUCCUAAUAACGUAAAUGGACUAAUAAAAAAGAGUGCACUUAAAGCAGCGCUGAGUCUCGAUCCAAGUACACUCUAUCGUGGGACAAUUCCGUACGAGAAAAUUGCAUUUUCAUCGCCACCAUCCGUCAAUAAUGAAACUGUGGAAAUGAGAAAGGAUUCCCUCGGCCAUGAAUUACCACGAGAGGAAGAAUGCUCCUGCUGAAACUCAUUCUCCGGGGACUGACGUGACUGUUCCCGCUUCUACAGGCCCAAAAGAACCCCAAAGAGGUCCAGCUCAAUGCCAUCAAUAAGAUUAAAAUCGUAUGACGAAAGGUGCAGCAUCACAUGGUACUCAUCCGAAGAAACGCUCGUCUGAUAUUCACUGACUUGUUUCUAUAAUUAUUUUUUUUACAUAAUGAGGCUGCAACACAUAGCCCAAUAGAUAACGAUUUGCUAAUAGCCAAAAGAGUGAUCUUUUUGUAACUGUAAAGUAUUUAAUAUCAAACAAACUGAGUAUGUGAGAUUAAAAAUCACGAGGAACGUAAAUGAGUUCUACAAGAAUAUUAUUGCUGGUUCAUUAUUAAUUCAGUAGUUAAGUGAUAAAGGACAGAAAAUAAUUCCAUACGUUAUUAUUCUGCCAAUUUUUUCUACCUAAAAGGUACUUUAAUAUUUUCCUUUGAAUCUACUACAUUGAUGGGGAAUUUCAUUCCACAUAAUAAGUCACAAUUAUUCAACCCUCUGACUCGAAAUGCGUAUUAAGUCGUACCUAGCCCCCUGGAGUGAGUAUGAACCAAUCGUAGCGCGCUCAAACACGAAAGAAAUACGAGCGCUCACGAGUUCGCUUCGGCUUUCACGGGAUAGUGCCGAAUUGCGGCAAUGCUGCGAGUGUCUUGGAACCCCAAUGUGUCUACCGUUUUCCGAUUAAAUUCUGAAACGUUUCAGUGGAUCUAAUGAGAAGUGAUUAAUUCUCCGUUCAUUCGGUUGUUAUCGAAGAAUUCUCUUGAUAUAUCUUAGAUAUUUUCUCAAGUGCUCAUAGUUAUUAAGUUAAUUUGGUAUGUCGAAAGAAUCAACUUGUAUUGCCAAACCCAACAUAUGCAAUCACACGGUAAUAUUUUUUCUGUGAUGAAUUUGUUUCGUUUUUCAGCGGAAUAUGGCUGAAACGUUCAAUAAUCAUGAAGCGAAAAUAAUCCCCAAAAUUUUUUAAUCGUCUUCACAGAAGUAGGUUUAAGCCACUUUAAAAAAUAUGAAAAAAGACCUCAACUCUUCAAGCAUGAGAAUUUUUUAAAUGGAUCCGUUUUCCAUUUUUUUUUUCAAAAUAAUGUCCACUCGAUGCAGUUCUGCAUCGAGGGGAACUGAAAAUUCAAUAUUGGGAAAUUCGCAAAGCAAUUAUUUACCCAAGUUACUUGAUUGUGUUCAUUGUUCAUUUUAUAUUUUUCAGUGUGAUUAAGAAGAAUAUAAAAAAAUUUUCUCGAUAAAGAAAUGUCUCAUUUCGUGAUCCCGCGGCGUUAUUCCCUUUCAAGCCAUUGAACGAACAUACGGCCCUGAGCGCCACUCGCUUCGAGGGUCCCGCGCGCGCCCCACCACUUGCCACAUUACCUGCGGCUGCCAAGUGGGGAGAACAAAAUUCGAGUCAGAGGGUUAAAUAGCGAAAAAUAAUAAUUUACGAAGUUUUUUUGUUGAAUAUAUAUCUGAUAUUAGAUUCACCUAUUAUUUUCCACCACUUCACAAUGAAAUUUGUUUACGUUUAGUCAAUCAGACGACUAUUAGUAUUCAUCGAACUGAUAAUGCCCUCAGUGUUAAGAUAGAAAAAAACCGUACUCCCCAGCGAAUCACUGAUAAGAAUAUAUAAAUAGAAAAAUGAUGUGGCAAAACAGUAUUUCAUACGAAACUUGAAGCAUAAUAAGAGACAUAGAUGUACAUCCUCGUAUCUGUUGAAUAUGCGUGUAGAUCCAAGUAAAUGUAAUAUAUGAAUAAAACAAAAAAAAGCAAAAAACAUUAUCUACGCAAGUCGAUGAAAUAUAACGUAGAAAUCUUUGGCGUAAACACAUUGUUAUAAGAAAUUUUAAUUCUAUUAAACUGUUGUUUGCCGAGUACGCCAUAUUAUUAAUUUAUCAGCCUUUUAAAAGUGGAACAUCGAUGUAUGAAUAAUAGAUUAUGAAACAGUUGUUGAUUUCGACCGAAGCUUUAAGAUGAUAAUAUUCGCACCUGUUUCUUAUUGAAUAGAAACGGACGAAGUACAGUGAUUAAAUAUUAAUGUUAAUCCCUUAUAGCUGAUUUGUCAUCAACGAUAAGAGAGUGAUGACAUGUAUUUUCGAAUGAUGAGAAUGAUGAAUGAAGGAGAAGUUUGUGCAAGAUGCUCAUAUCGCAGUGCGAGGGAAUUUGGUUUUUUAAAGAGGAACAGAUCCAUUUCAGUCACGAUUUGAAAGCGAUUCAUUGUGCUAAGAGGUUCGUUGUGUUGUCGUAGCUGUACUGUUCGACACUUCAAUUCUAAUAUUCGUUUCUUUCAUCUUUUACAAGGUCUGUUGUCAGUCGAAUUUGUAAUUUCUGUUAAGGGGAGACAUCGGUAAGUUUUAAAUACCAGAGUUUAUUGAAGUGAGAAUCAGCAUAUGUUUCAUCUAUAUUCCUUAUACCUAAAAAAUUCAUUAUUAGUACGAAAAAACUCAUUUUUCAUUGUCUAUUAGCCGUGUAGAAUCACAUAAUCAAAAAUGUUCUAGAAAAACUCGUUUUUCCCCAAAACUUUCGAAAAUAUGUGCAGACUAACAAUUUCAAGGCACUUUUUAAAAGAUUUCACUUCUGAGUAGCGUGAUUUCCGUUUUUUCAAUGUAAAAAAAUCCACUGAACGUGCGUAAUAAUUUGAUAUCAAAGUAUCCGGACGUUCAUACUGAUUGAGAUGUCAAAUAUCAAAUAAGCAAGGGUUCAAGCCUAUCCGACAAAAAGCACGUGAUCGUUACUUUUUGCGUCAUUAGUCUCUUUCUUUUUUUCACUUUUACCAAUUCCAUUGGUAGUAAUUAUACAUCCUUGUGAUCGGCUUACAACCGCAACCCCAUGGUAUAGCGUGCCUAACAGAAAAAUAUUCAAUUUUCAAUGAAAUAGAUUUUUACAAAAGAUUAAAUAUCUCCGAAACUGCUCGGCCGGUUGCGCCCAUCUAAAAUACUAACCUUCAGUAUUUUCAGAGCUAUAAUCAUCCCAAGUUUCAACAUGCUAUCUUCAUUUCUUCUCAUAUCAAGCCAAAAUGUAUUGAAUCGAUCAGUCCGAAAUUGUAUACACUAGUGUGUCUCACAAGUAUUAACUGCUACCCAAAAUUUUGAAUUCUUUUUCCAACUUUUAUGUGUAUUGUGGAACAUCAAAUCAGCUCUGACGUGAAAAAAAUAGAAAAACGCGAAUAUCUGUAAAACUUUGUAUGAAUGAGUAUCCAUAUUUUCAUGGGAUUUGAUAGAGGACAUCAAGACGAGUAUUUUGAAAGAAAAAUUCAAUCCGACCAAUAGUUUAGGAGAUCUUGAGCAAAACAUUUUCACAAAAGUUAAAUAUCUCAUAAACUACUCGUCCGAUUUCACCCCUCCAAAACCCCAGCCUAUAGUACCAUCAGAGUUACAAUCGUAUCAAACUUCAGCUUUCAAUUUCAAUUUGUUCGAGCCUUAUCGUACCUACAUCAAUUUGAUAAAAAAAAAAGAAAAAUGGCAAUCACUACCAACUUAUCCCCGGUUAAGUAAAACUAUUAUGAUUUGAUUUGAUAGAUAUUAUGAUAAAGAAUAUUUUGGCGUCCCAAAAUUCAAUUCCGUUGCGUACUCUUUUAGGUAUUGAGAAAAAAAGAUUUUUGAGAAAUUGCGGUAUCUCAAAAACUACUCAGAUAUGAUCCCAGACAAUGCCAAUUAUUUCACCAAAUUUCAGACUUUUAGGUUCGAGUUUACUCCUUUUUGCUUCUGAAUGGAAGCUUUGAAAAGGAAAUUUUUUUCGAUUCUAUAAUUUUACUUGAACACGACUGAGAGUAAUAUGAAACAUCGAGAUAUGAUUUUUUUAGGAAACGUCUGUAUGUAUAUGUAUGAAUUUGUUCAGAAAUGUGUCAAUAACACCAGAAGAGUAAUUACAAAAAAAAACAGAAAUUUUGGCUAAUAGUUGAUACCAAUGAGAUACAAAUCUGAGCUAAAUCUCAACCCGAUCGGUUGAGUAGUUUCUGAGAUAUGGCGAUUUCUCAAAAAUCGUUAUUUGCAAAUAUCUCGGGAAUAUCUCGUAAUAUCUUGCAAUGUCUCGCAAGAAAAAUUUACGUUAAAUGAUACAUAAAAGAGUGUAAAAUACUUGAUGUAGUGUUAGACUUAUUUUCUAUGUAGUCUUUUUGUUCAGCUGCAUUAAUCUAGUUAAUAAUAACAUUUGGGCACUCAUGGUAUAAAUUCUUUUAUUACAUUAGCUUUCAUCCUUAGAUGGAAAAAAGAGGAGAAAGAAAACAGAAAAGCAAACUUGUUAAUACAUUGAUGAUAAAAGAAAUGAAUAUAAAUGAAUGCAAUCGUUGGGCAUCUAAUGUUCCUCAUUAUCGAAUUGAGUGUUUAAUCGGAGUACAAUCAGUUAUCAUUGGAAGAAAUCGUAGAUUCCAGAUGUAAGUGUAGGGCAUCGGUUAUGAACCUAUAAAAAUUUUCACAGAAUGACGAAUUAGAUUCAAGAAUGAGAAAAAAGUCUGUUUCAACGUUAUAAAUACCAACAAGUUUGAGGAUUUGAGUGAGGUAUUUGGUACGUAGGUCCAUUAACAUUGGACAGACGAAGAUGAGAUGAGACAAGGUGUCAUUGUAAGAGCCCGUGCAGCAAGGACAGGCCGUGCGAGCGUCAAAUCUGAUACGAGAAGAUUCAUAUCCUAAUGAGCUGCUAUGCACAUUAGAGAGACGUACCUGAGCUAAAAUUUUUUGACUGCAUAGUUAUGACGAUUACGCAGAUAGUUCACAAUUUUGUCUUGGCUAGAUCUGAGGAUAGAUCUGAAGCAAGAACUAGAUAAUUGGUACCUUUCAAAAUCAGACUGUCUGAGCAGUUGCCGGUAGUUAUUCAUAAUCCCAUCUCUUCUUGAACUCCACUCAGCGUGAUUAAAAUUACCCCACAGAUUAAGAGCUUGAUAUUGGGUUAGAAAUUCUUUGAAUUUCAAAAGCCAGUUGUUUCUAAUGGAUGCUAGUGGUGAAUUCGAGAGCUCAUAGAGCCUCACGAUACAGGUUUUGGGUAGGUAGGAAUCAUUACAUUUCAAAAUACCAAUAAACCAAUUUACAGUCAGUUCCAUCGCACGAGCUUGGAGCGGAAAGAGAUCGAGUUCGAGGCGUAUUGCCCAGCCAGGAGGACAUUUGGGGAGUGAGAGUAAUCUUUUAAAAAAAUACAUCUGAACAACUUCAAUGUUGUUUAGAACUCGUAGUCCCCAUGCUGGGAAGGCAUAUAAAGUUGUAGAUAGGACUAUACUAUUAAAAAGGGCGAGAAUUGAAUCCCAUAAGUCAGAUCAAGAUCUGUAGAUAAUAGAGAGAACCGAGGAAGAGGCGAUCUUGGACUUACCAACAACUGAGAGUAGCGACGAGUUUGAAUGGGCUGUUGAAUGAAUUGUAACACCUAAGUAAUUA